CCAUGCACACUUCUAUGAUUCAAGAUUACAACUUACUAAUUUUAAAAUGGAUCUCCAUACUCUUAGUGAUGAAAUCAACCCAUCGAUCUAUGGUGAAAGAAUUACUGUUCUAAGUAUUGAUGGUGGAGGCAUUAGAGGUAUUAUUCCAGCAACCAUCUUGAGUUUCCUGGAAUCCAAACUACAGGAGCUGGAUGGAGAACAUGUUAGGAUCGCGGAUUACUUUGAUGUGAUAGCGGGAACUAGCACAGGAGGUCUAAUAGCAAGCAUGUUGACUGCUCCUGAUGAGAACAGGCGUCCUCUAUAUAAAGCAAAAGAUAUAGUGCCAUUCUAUCUCAAGCAUUGCCCACAGAUAUUCCCCCAGUCCUGGGGGAUAAUAAUGAAAAUAAGAUCCUUAAUGGGGCCAAAGUAUGAUGGUAAGUAUCUAAGAAAACUAAUUCGAAAGAUACUUGGGAAUCGAAGGCUUCAUGAGACUGUAACUCGUGUUGUCGUACCUACAUUUGACAUCCAAUUACUUCAACCCGUUGUCUUCUCAACGUUUGAGGCAGAAAUCGAUGCUUCAAAAGAUGCUUUGUUAUCCGAUAUUUGUAUCGGUACUUCCUCAGCUCCAACUUACUUUCCAGCUUAUUAUUUUCAAACUAAAGAUUCUGAAGGAAACUACAGAGAAUUCCACCUUGUUGAUGGGGGCAUUACUGCAAACAACCCUGCAUUGCUGGCCAUGAAACCAACUGGAACAGUCUUUCCCGAUCCGGACACCCUGCCAGCACAGGCUCUACAUUAUGGGAAAUAUUUGGUGAUAUCCCUGGGAACCGGAACUUCAAAGAUGCACAAAAAAUACAGUGCGAAAUCAGCAGAGAAGUGGGGAAUUCUAAGCUGGAUUUACAAAGAAAGGCAGUCUCCAUUACUUGAUGCAUUCAGAAAUGCUAUUGAUGACAUGGUUGAACUUCACAUGUCCUUAAUUUUCAGAUCCAACAAAUGUGAGCAUAACUACCUUCGUAUUCAGGAUGAUACAUUAAGUGAGGAGAGUUCGUCGGUGGACAAAGCAACCCAAAAAAAUUUAGAGGAACUUGUAAAGAUCGGCGAAAGGAUUCUGCAGAAACCUGUUUCAAGGAUUAAUCUAGACAUCGGCAUUCUUGAACCAGUUGAAAAUGGAGGCACUAACGAAGAAGCCCUCAUCAGAUUUGCAAAAUUACUGUCAGAAGAGAGAAGACUCCGGAGGCAGAGAAUUCAUAAAUGUCAAGAUUAGAUACAUAGUAAAUAGCAUUAAAGGGAACCAAAAGAAAAAAAGAAAAAAAAACAAAAUAAGAGUUCUCAUAUAUUGAGAAAUGUGAAUAAUAAUCAUUCCAAAAGGAGAUUGUGUUUUAUUCAGAUAAGUAUUUUACAUGUCUGUACAAGAUUAAUAACUGAGUACAUCGAAAAAGACAUUCAUUUCA